UUUUCUUGCAAUAUGGCGGCGGCCUGUAGCGGUCGUCUGCUAUAUUAUUUUUAGCCGCUGUCAAGUCAUCGUUUGGGCGGAAAUCGGCCGCCACCGGUCAAACUUCGACCCGAUGGAGCAAAUGGGAGGGCAGCAUCUCUAGAAGUUAAAGCAAGCCAAGCCAUGCUGCUCUCAGCGAGCGCAGCAGGCAAUGGCACAGAGCUGCCGUUUGCUGAGGCGCCCGCAAACAUCACCAAUGAGGAAGCUCCCGUGCUCGAGGCAUCGUCAGGCUGGGACUCAACAAGCCUUGCCUACGUGUUUGUUCCACUUAGCCUCGUCAUCUGCAUAGGCCUUGCCACAGCUCUCGUGGUAUUUCUCGUUAGAAAGAGCAGGCUUGACAGAUUGCGGCACCAUCUGAUGCCAUUCUACAGCUUCGACCCUCAGGACGAGGGCGAAGACUGGGAAGCGGAGCUACUUGAAGAGGGCCUCACACAUAGGCCUAACCCUGCCAAUAAGAAUCCGGAGUUCCAUGAGCCGCCAAAGCUGGCAUUCCGGUCGGUCCUGUAAAAUUUUGCUCUUUUGCCCAAAGGUCCCAAAAAUAAGUUGUGUAGCAACCUGAUAAGGAAGGGAAAAGGAAAGCAAAAGAAGCAAUGCUUACCGCUUGUACAUUAACACCCCGUCGUCCAUGUGUGCCUAUCGCCAGUGUCGUUGUACAUUCAUGAUCCAUUCCCACUAUUUAUUAAUAGCCAAGCUUAUUGCUGAGCUCUUGUUGUAAGCAUAGUUUACAAUCUAGUCUAAUUUGUUUUUGUGCCGGUUCUGUACCUCUCAAUAGUUUCCUUUUUGUCCGUUACUAGAGGCACUUUUUUUGCCAUCAAGUGAUAGUACUAUGUACAGUCGAAUCUCGAUAUAGCGAAUUACCAGAUAUAACAAACCAAAUAUGAAAUGUUUCUCACAAAUAUUUGUGUGCAACAAAUACGUGCUUAUAACAAUUUUGUGUCGGGUGAAACUUACAGUAAGGUUCGACUGUAUAGCUACCGUAACCGAUGCUUCUUAAGAACAAAAGAUCUGAUGCAAGCUCUAAAUACUCAUGUGUAGUAACUCCUGACCGAACAUCACUGUGAACACUCUCGUUUAACGUAGUAGAAGGUUGUGAACAAGAUUAUGAGCCUGGUGCUUGUGUAACCUGGUGGGGGGGGGUCAUUCGACCCAGUCAAAGCAGCUGUGAAUAAAAGCAUGUUAUGAACUAGA